CUUUGCUCGUGCUCGCGCGCGUGCGUCGGCGCUGUCACUGCUGCUGAGUCGCAUGCCAGACAGCUGCAGCCAGCUCGCGGCAUGUGGACCUGGGCUGGAGGUAGCUACAGCGCAAAAGAAGAAGAAGAAGAAGAAGGGAAGUCACUCCUAAAGAUUUGGACAUGAAGAAGGACAUAGAUACAUUGAUAGCAGAGGAACGCGUUGAAAUCAUCACUAAAUAUGACAAGGGCAGGCAAGAAGGUGUCAACAUUGACCCAUGGGAGGAUGCUGAUUACAGCAUCUAUAAGGUCACAGACCGCUUCGGCUUCCUGCAUGAGGAAGAGCUACCAACACCCAGUGCGCUUGAAGAGAAGCAAAAGCAUCAGGAGAUAGAACGAGUGGAGAAAUGGCUGAAGAUGGUGAAGAACUGGGACAAGUACAGGAACAGUGAAAAGUUGGUGAAGCGUGUGUAUAAAGGCAUCCCUCUGCAGCUGAGAGGCCAGGCCUGGGCCUUGCUUCUGGACAUAGAGAAAGUCAAACAAGAAAACGAGGGCAAAUAUGAGAAAAUGAAGCAGCAGGCUCGUAGCUUCUCCACAGAGAUCAAACAGAUAGACUUAGACGUCAACAGAACAUUCAGGAACCACAUCAUGUUCAUGGACCGUUUUGGAGUCAAGCAGCAGGCACUGUUUCAUGUAUUAGCAGCGUACUCCGUCUACAACACGGAGGUGAGCUACUGUCAGGGGAUGAGUCAGAUCGCUGCCAUCUUGCUCAUGUACCUGAAUGAGGAAGAUGCCUUCUGGGCUCUAUCGCAGCUCCUCACCAACAGCAAGCACGCCAUGCACGGGUUCUUCAUCCCGGGAUUUCCCAAGCUGCAGCGUUUUCAAACCCACCAUGAGCUGAUCCUCUCCAAAAUGCUUCCAAAGCUGAAGAAACACCUGGACAAGGAGCAGAUGACAACAGGCAUUUAUACCACCAAAUGGUUUCUGCAGUGCUUCAUCGACCGAACCCCUUUCACCCUCACUCUGCGCUUAUGGGACAUCUACAUAUUGGAGGGAGAGAAGAUACUAACUGCCAUGGCUUAUACAACUUUCAAGUUACACAAGAAGCGACUGCAGAAGCUUCAGUUAGAGGAUCUGAGGGAGUUUCUCCAGGAACAGCUUGCUGUUUCUUUUUUCCUACCUGAUGAUGUGGUGGUGGAGCAGUUACAGGCUGCUAUGUCUGAGCUUCGGAGUAAAAAGCUAGACCAACCUCCUCCAGGCAAAUCAGAGGAGCUGCCAAAGAAACCUCUGGGUCAAGAGAGACCAAUUCUCCUUCUGCCUCUGCAGCCAGACUCUCCUCUGGAGGUCAAAAUAAAUCUGCAGCCCCAGAGCGAGCCAAAUACAGAGGCCCAGCAAACAGAUGGCAACACCCUACAUCAGACCCCUUCUCCUGCAGAGCCCCAGGACUCGGGAACACCUACUAUGCCUUUACGUGAACCAGCUGAAGUCCACUCACAAGGAACACCUUCUCCUUUAAUGCCUUGUAGACCGCCUCCAUUACCUCCAAAAACAGACAAACCCUGCGCUGAAGUCAAAUUGGACAGAGAUGUGAAGGAGUCUCUUCCAGAGGUUAGCCAGACUGAAGAUGGAGGAAAACAGCAGAGUGAUCCUGGAGAGCCAGACACUGAGGAGAAGCCUCUGGAUUGGCCUCCACCCUAUGUGCCCCCCGCUUUGGAUGAACUUCCCCUGCAGACUGACGAGGAGAUCUUGGAUCUUCCAGAUCUGCCACCUCCACCUUUCUUUUACCCUGAGCAGAUGGAUAACGGAUCAUCCCAACUGGGAACCCAGCGCCGCUCUCCUUCCCCUCGCUCAGCCUCACCACUGGUCACUCCAAUGAUGCCAUCUCCGAAACCAUCCCUAAAACAGCCCACCCUCCCACAGAAAAAGCCUUCCCCUCCCCGUACCUUCAUAACAUCCUCCUCCUCCCCCUCUCCCAGACCUCCCCCAAAGCCAACCAAGUUCCCAGUGUCUCUCUACGUACCGGGAACUGUGGGAGACCGCCGACCCUCCAACACCUCCCAAUAUGACAACCUUUCUGAGGGCGACGAAGAGGACCGCUACCUGGAGAGGCUGCUGGGCUCCACACCUGAGGAAAUUCUCAGCACCUUCGGCAAACCUCAACAUACCAUUGGCAGAGACUAUGACCCUGCUCUUUACCCUCUGCCUCCACCUCCUCUGUUCAUCCCUCCAUCACCUUCUCCUGUUCCUCCUUCGCUGUGCGCUCUCCCCAGUUUGCCUCAGGAGCCAGAACAUGAAGGAGAGGACAACUGGGUGAAGGACUCCAUCAUCCCCCCUCCUCCAUCUAGUUUUGCUGAUAGACUCACUCCCUUCCAGUGCAGUGCUGCAAGCUGUUCAGACACACACAGAGCCACCUCACCCAGUUACUCUAAGCCUUUCUCUAGGCCCCACAGGGACCGUUCUGCCUUCCCAGCACCACUGUUGUACACUGGGUCUCCCCCAGGCCACUCCAGGCCCUCAGGACAGUCAGCAGUUGGGGUGCCCGUGGUCCGAUCCAGCCCAGACUUUUGCAGGAUGCCUCCAGGUGGACAGCAACUGCCCAAAUCAGUGACUUUUUAAAGUUACCAAGUACCAUUCGAGUGUUACUACUUAUGCCAAUAUGAUUCGGACAUUUUGUUAAUACUUGAUUCGUUUUUUUAAAGCCAUUGAAGAGGCCAGUAGCUAUUCAGUGUGUUAAAUUGUUGUGCGUGAAUGUACUUUUUUCAUUGAUGUGUACAGAUUUCUGUCAUACCUGUACCUUUUUUGCAAGGGCAGUGGACUUUUCUAAGUGUCAAAUUUGUAUUUAAAACUGCUCUCUGAGUUACUGUUUGCUGCACAGAAAGCCUGCUUUUUUGUUGGUGAGUCAGACCAGAUUUGGCUUUCAGUUUGAUGGAUGGUAAUGAGACAUUUACACCGAAACACGGUUAUGUAAAACCAGCUGCCUGUUUCAGCAUUGCUUCAUCUCCAAGUUUGUUCCAACGGUGUCUUAAACUGAGCGUAGUGCACUGAGCGUCGCAACUCUGACACGGGAGGUUUUUGAGGUUGCAGAGUAAGGUCGUCUUGGCUUAAGCCUGUACAUUUCUACUGAAUUUAUGGUAAACUGUGAGCCGGCUCACACAUCUUAACAGUAUGUCAAACUCCAGUGAGUAACUGUUAUUAUAACACCAUCUGUUGACUGUAUUUUAAGGUCAAUACUUGAUAAUAAAGGACCACUAAACCAGGUAGCAAACUUUUAAUAGAACUGCUAAAGUUGUAACCACCAGCAACAGGGAUCACAUUGUGCAGUAUAUAAUGGGUGUAAAUACUGAAGCUAGUUUCAUUCACAUGAAACCAAAGCAGGUCAUCCCGCCACCCCUCAGCAGGUAGCAGUGGGUACUCUGUGGGUAUUUUGCUGCUUUUUUUUUUAUUAUGUUUUAAAUUGAUUUGUUAGGGUGCUGUCAAUUGCAAAGGAAUGGAUUUCAGGAUUAUAUUCGCAUGUCUGACACUUGAUUUCACAGCAAUAAUGUAUUAUUUCAUGUUUAUAUACAUGCAUGUGCCAAGGAGGAUUUAAUAAAUACAACAUUGUCAGCACAGAUGGAGUUGAAGUACAAAAAAAUGAAAAGAUUAGUCACAAUAUUUAUGAAGAAUAGCUCCAUCUGGUGGUUAGGAGGCUUUUGGACAUACUUGUUCUGACCAUGAUAUAAAUUCUACCAAGAAUUCCUAUUUAUGAAUGUGCACAACACACAACACAACGACAGACACUGUAUUACUGUGCUGUCACAGAGGGAAGCGAAUGAAUCAAAGAGAAAUUCAUUCAUAUGCACAACCAUGUUUUAGAGCCGCUGACUGUGGUGUCAGAGCAGAGGUUAAGAUAUGGAAGUUGAGCCAUAAUAAUACUGUACAAGGACCUGAUAUUCAAACAUGUUUAUAUCUUCUGUUACAUAUUACAUUAUACUAUGUCUAAACAUCAGUUUUGUUUUGUUUUUUUGCACUGACCUUUACCAUUACCAAGAGGUUUUGCAAUUCUCUUUAAGUAUUCAGCUGUUUUCUAACAGAAUCCCAGGUUACUGCUAAAUGCUAUUUGUUCAGUUUCAUUUUAAGGAGUGACGUUAACAUGUUUUUACGAUUUGUUCACAAAUUUUGGUCUCACUGCAACAAUUCCUAAUUCUGUUUGGCUUGCUGGAGUAUAUUUAGUGAUGUGACCUCACCACCAAUUGUCCAUCACUGCUCCUUUUACACAUGUGGUUGACCUCAGACCAAAGCUUGUGUACAUUUAUCUUCUUAUUUGAGUUUUAUAAAGAGAUAAAACUUA